UUUCGGUGUUUGGUUGUGGCUGCUCCGUUGGCCUCCUCGUUGUCAAGCGGAUUUCUAACGUUAAUUUAACCGACAGCUGCAACAACAAUCAAUUUAACGAGGAUUUUGUUUUACCUACGAUAUAAAGAUGGAUGUAGCUGAAGACCAGGCUUUGUGUUAACGUAUUUUAUUUGGACUGACUUGGUGAUGUUGCCUCCUUCAGAGAAACUGCCUGGUUCAGGCUGACUUUUCGGUAUGACAGGAAUGAAGACAGAUCUGCAAGUAUUGAUAGCUAUUUUAAAAGUCAGCAUCUUAUUACCUUGCUAUCAAGAUUUCCAAUACAGAUUUUCAAAUGAAAAUGGAGGAUAUGCCCCUGUCAGGCCCAGACAACACCAAGCUGGAGGCCUUGGUCCAUGACAUCUACUCUGAGCUGGUGGAAGAUGCCUGUUUGGGCCUGUGUUUUGAAGUACAUCGUGCUGUGAAACAGGGCUAUUUCUUCUUGGAUGAAACGGACCAAGAGAGCAUGAAGGAGUUUGAAAUUGUGGAUCAACCAGGAGUGGACAUAUUUGGCCAGGUAUACAAUCAGUGGAAGAACAAAGAGUGUGAGUGUCCAAACUGCAAAAGAUUGAUAGCAGCUUCUCGCUUUGCCCCACACCUGGAGAAAUGUCUCGGUAUGGGACGCAACAGCAGUCGUAUCGCCAACCGCAGGCUUGCCAGCAAUAACAACAUGAGCAAAUCAGAGAGUGAUCAGGAAGACAAUGAUGACCUUAAUGAUAAUGACUGGUCGUAUGGGGCAGAAAAAAAAGCCAAGAAGAGAAAGUCAGAUAAGAAUCAAAAUUCCCCGAGAAGAUCCAAAUCUCUUAAACACAAAAAUGGUGAGCUUGGGAGCAGCAUCAGUUCAGAGCCCUACAAGUAUAACUACAAUACUGGCAUCAGUUAUGAAACAUUAGGCCCUGAUGAAGUCAGAUCCCUUUUAACAACACAAUGUGGGGUGAUCUCUGAGCACACCAAGAAGAUGUGUACCAGGUCUCAGCGAUGUCCCCAGCACACGGACGAACAGAGGAGGGCCGUCAGGGUGUUCCUCCUGGGGCCGUCCGCGCCGUCGCUGCCAGAUGCAGACACUGUGGCGGAGAACGACAGCUUUGACAUUCCAGAUGGACAGACCCUGAUGAGCCGCCUGCAGUGGGAAGACUCCCCUGAUAUCUCACCCACUGACUCUGCCUCAUCUAAAGCCAGCACCAACCAUUCAGAUUCAAGAAAGCCGAAGAAAAAGAAGAGGACGUCUCUCGGUUUGAAUAGUGGCGGAGGAGGAGGAAGUCUGACUGGAGGCAGCAGCAGCAGCUCUCAGAGUAAUAUCAGCUUGUCGACCAAAAAAAAGAGGCCCAAACUCUCAGCACCUUCUAUUUCAAGUAUCUAUGAUGACUUAAACUAGCAACAACCUGUUUGCCUCCUCUGGAUCGAGUCCUUCCUUUCAUACCUACAUUCACAGGUAUGAGCAGGUUGGGAUUAAACUUGAUUUUAGUGGUUUUUAAAUCAUUCUGCCUUAACAAGUAAGGCGUCUCCAUUUUAUUGAACACAGUGUCUGAAAAGGUUUGGUCAUUCACAGAGUCCAGUCAGAGCAUCCUUAGGUACGUAUUAGGGAAAUUCAGUCUUAAAACAGUCUUCUGACUUUUGCAGUAAUUUGGACAGUUUGGUCAACACAGACAGUUGCUGUUGCCCUAAGGUGUAUAUCAGGGUGACAGUGCAUUCAUGUGACAUUUUUUGUAGUUGUUCUGUUGAACUUGCACCAGUAACAUACUGUGGGUCAUCUGAAAUGUUGUUUCAAUGUAAUACAUUUUACAUGAUUGGAAGGCUUCCAAGAAGUUAUUUCAAUUGACACUGUUGCACUAUAUGGCCAAAAGAAUGCUGAACAUUUUAUGUGAUUCUUCAACACGUAUUUCCUAAACCACCGUCUUUGAAGUUUGCUAUAACAGCCUCCUCGCUUCUGAGAAAACUAUCCAUCAGAUUUUAGAACCUGGCUGUAGAGAGAUGAUCCCAUUUAGCCACAAAAGCAUUAGUGAGAUCCAACACUGAUGUUUGGUGAUAAGGCCUGGCUCACAGUCUGUGUUCCACUUCAUCCUGAAAGUGUUGGAUUAGGCUGAGGUCAGGGAUCUGUGCACACCAAACUAAAUUGAAAACCAUCUCUUAUUGGACCUGGCUUAGUGCUCAAGGCUUUCGUCAUUUUGAAACAGGGAAAAAUUCUUUCCCAAACUGUCUCAAGUCAGAAGCACAUUAUUGUCCAAAAUAUCACUUUGUUGUAAAUUUAGAUUACCUUUGAUUGUAAGUAACGGACAUGGCUCCAAUCAUGAAAACAGCCCCCGACUAUGUAUACAAAGGAGUGUGGACUGAGGUGUCCACAUAGUUUUGACCAUAUAGAUGAAGCAGCUCCAGAAUUUGUAUUAAAUGACAUGAUCACUACAAUCUGUCUCUGUUGAUCAGCUAAAGUAGAGAAUUGUCUUUCAAAUUCACAAUUAAAACUGAGCUGUACAAUAUAAUAGGAAUAACCUCGAUUUCAUUUUAUGCUGGAAAAGCUAAAUUACUUUUCUCUUGAAGAGACACUGUGAAUGGCCUUUUUCACAGCAACAAUUUUGACUCGAUUUAGGAGGAAAACCUCUGGUGUAAUUUAUAAUGUUAAUAUUAAUAAGAGCCUUCAGCCUUCCUAAAUUCAGGGUUCUGUCAGUGUGUAUGUUUGCUCACUGAUGUGUGUACUGAUACACUUAAAUGGAACACAGCCUUAGUCAACAGAAUUAAUUACUCCUGUGCUCGUCCUGCUGUGACUAGUCAAAAUACCUGCUCUUAAAAAGGCCGAUUGGCAGUCUUGAUUUGUCCACCUACUUCUGAUUUCCUAUAGUCAGUAAAAAAAAAAAAAAAAAAAAGGCUUUUUUGGCUCCAGACCUUUUCCUCAAAGGCAUGAAAAAGUUGAAAUCUUAAAUGUGGCUUUCUGAAACCUUCAGGUACUCUGUCAUUGUUUGCGGCCUUGUGACCUGUCCCUCCUUUUUUUUGACUCUGUGUUCACUUCAACUUGGUUGUGAGGAAGCGUGGACUUUUAACUGCUUUAAAUUUGACACUUGACACACGUAUACUGGAGUACUCAUCAGUGGCUUUUUAAUUCUAGCAUUGUAUUGCACAGUUUGUGUGUGUGUAUGUGUGUGUGCGCGCGCCUCUGUAUGCUGACUUAAAUUCAGCGUGAACGUCACUUUUUCGUGUACUGUGUGUGUAUGUGUGUGGUUAAAGGGUGUGCAUGUGUGUAAUCAUUUAUAUUUUCACAAAACUAUGCAUCCUAGAAUGUGACAUUUUUGUGAAAGUAUGUGCCAUUUUAAAUAUUUAACUUUUUUCUGUUUACAUCAACAAUAUAUUUAAGUCUUUAUUUGUCACUGCCUAUUAAGUGAUGUGUAUAUUAUUUGUGUGUAAAUGCAGAUUUUGAUAUUUGAUUAGCCAAUAGGCUUUUAGGGCACAUGUACAGUACAUGUAUGUAUGACAUGAGAUGGAAAUUGAAUCAUGAAUCCACCAUAACUCUUUUCUUUCUUCAGUACAAAAUUGGCUUGUGUAUUUUCACUCAGUUUCUACAUAUAAGUAGAUCAGUGCUGCAGCUCUGCUUAUCAUUCAUGAUCAUGGGUGGUAAGUCUGCAUCUUGUAAGCCUAUAACCAACAAUGUCCGGUGUAAAAGUUGUAAGAUGUAUUACACGCUUUAGAGGUGAGAUGCAGUAUUUCUUCUUAGAGCUUUUUUUUUUUUUUUUUAUAAAUUGGCUUGACAAACCCAAAGACUUUCCUGUUGCAGUUUUUGUUGUAGACUCAGAAGUGAAUUGUAAAACUUAGGAACUGUACAAAAAUAAUUUGGGGAAGACAAGAAGGGGGAGUUGUUUUGUUUUUGGGAUUGAAUAUUUGAAAGAAUUAAAUUUUCCCACUCCAAAAUUUUUUUUUUUUUUUUUUCAUUUACUCUUGAGAGACAAGACAAACAACAGCGCAAAUAGUGACAUCAAAAACAAGGCUGGGUCAUACAAGUGUGUUUGGCUGUAUACAGCGAACAAUAGUCAUGUCUCAAUAGUACGAUCAGUUUGUCAGUUUUGAAGAACAGAAUAGACAUAGGUCCAAGUGGAUAGGGUAACAAAAAAUUCCAGGGCAUUAGAAGAUUAUUCCUUUAGACUGCAGAUGGAGUUUUUUUUGUUGAUGUUGUCCAUCAAUGCUGAAAUCUCUAAACCUGUUCUUCUUUAAGCAUAUCAUGCUACAGCAAAUUUAAAAUACGUGUUUGAUUAUUAAUAUCCCCCCAUCUGAGCCCACAUCACAUUUCCUUUCUAUGAAAAAAAAACCCAAUCAUUUUUGUACACUCCCUCAGGUCAAGCACAUUCAGUUGUACAUUUCAGAAAUGAUUUAAUUUCCUCUAUGGCUAACUACUUUUUCAUGUUUGUCAGGGUCUGCAGUAAAUUUGAUUGUGCCCUUUUGAGUCUUUUGCAGUAGUCUUGUGAUGUGCACUAAAGAUAAAAGAAGUUAUUGAGAUACUUAGAUAUGAUCUGAUUCUCCAGCCACCUUUUGUGAAUGAAGCUAACAGCUGAUGUUCUCUUGUGGCUCUUUGUGUAUCUGUGCGAGUGCAAUGACAGAGAAUGCAAUGUUGUAGGUUUUCAAUAUAUUUUCAUGCACAAGCACAAAUGAGUGCAUGUGUGAAUGACUGUCGUAUCUCAACAUAAUGUGAUGCAUAGGUUAUUUUUCUUCACUGCCAUGCAUACUGAUGUUUGUAUAUAAAUAAACACAAAGCGUA